UUCAACAUAUGCUUAACCUGGCAUUCAUUUGUGAAAUACCUUACACAAGCUAUGACGACAGAUAUUGAAAAGGUGCGAUCAUUAUUUGUGUGGAUGGGAUGUCAAAACUUCCAAUCCGGAAGUAUUCCGAAUGGAAAAGACGAUUCUCCCCUAAGUUACAUGAGUAAAGUAAAGAAAAAGACGAUGUCAUAUGCAGCAUUCUUCGUCAAAAUAUGCAGGGCUGCAGGAUUAAAGUCAGUACUAAUAAAAGGUAUUGCCAAAAGUGUAGUAUAUGAUGUAGGUGACCCUUUGGAAGAACUUCAACAGUUGCGGAAUAACUGGUGUGCUAUUUAUGUGAAUGGUGACUGGCGAUUUGUGUUCCCUUUAUGGGCUUACUCUGCAGUGGAAGGUAGAAUCACAGACAAGUAUACUCUUAUCGAGGGUAAUUAG